AUGGAGUUCAAGGAGACGGGUUUAACUCGGCGUGAUUUAUUGACUGAGUUGGAUAAGUGGCAGAAUGAGGCCUAUGAGAGUUCUCGUAUUUACAAGAAGAGGGCCAAUAAAUUCCAUGAUUUGAGCAUUCACACCAAGGAGUUCAAGCCAGGACAAAAGGUUCUCUUGUAUAAUUCUAAGCUGCAUUUAUUUUAUGGCAUGUUGCAAUACAAGUGGACGGGACCUUAUGUGGUGUGUAAGAGUAAUUGGAAUGAGACUUAUGAGUUAUUCAAUGCUGAUGGUAAUACUUUUACUGUCAAUGGCCAUCGUCUCAAGCCUUACUUCAAGUCGGAUUUUGAUCGUGGUCUUGAAGUUGUCAAAUUCAAUGAUCCGUCAUGUAUAAGGUAUCGUCGAGCUAUAGACGUUAAAUUUAGCACUUGUUGGGAGGUAACCCCAAUGUCUAUUGCAUUAUGA